AUGGGAGAGUCAAAGCCCGAUACAGCCGUCACUAACAAGGCAAGCUGCAAUAGUUCCAAACGAUGGACAUCGCUGUCGUACCUCACACAUCGCGAAGUUCACGGAAUGCGAAGUGCACCGAAGAACGAUACCUUCUCCUCCAAAUUGUACAGACAUUUCUCGCUGAAAAACAUCGUGGACCCUGAAGAUGACCCAAAUAACGUUGGGCACGGAGCGAUUUUCAACCUAGAAUUUUCUCCCUUUGGUAAACUUCUUGUGGCAGCUUGCGAAAGACGUAGCCUUCUUAUGUUUGAUCCGCUGACUCACAAGCUGAUUAAAACCUUACGGAACGCUCAUGUCGAUUGCGUUAAUUGUGUUCGAUUCUUGGACAGUAGGACCUUUGUUACAUGCUCUGAUGACACUACUGUAGCUUUAUGGGACUCCAGGAACCUCAAAAGCAAAAUGCUUAGUUUAGAGGGCCACUCAAAUUGGGUUAAAAGCAUUGAGUUUCAUCGACCGUCUGGUCUGCUGGUGACGUCAGCUUUUGAUGACACAAUCAGAACAUGGGAUAUCAAUGGAUACUCAAAUGAGGGACGAGUCAAUAGCCGUGUUAUUUUCCAAUUUUCCAAUUUAAUUCGCAUGAAAAUGUGCCCGGGCGGUUCCAAAAUGAUUAUGUCAUCUAUUCCCGGUAAUUUACUAGUGGUGCAUAACUUGGAUCUAGACUAUCUGCAAUUUGACAUUAAAGGUGAUGAGUAUCCCCACUGGGAUGCAACAGAUUCUUCCCUUGUUAGCUUUGCGAGCCAUCGCUGGCCAAGUAAGGGAAGAAAUGCAUUGGAGGUUAUUCAAGAUUUUCCUGAAGAGUGUACCCCAUGGUGUAUAUCAUCAGUGGAGGUACACCCACAAGGAUGGUGUACAGUGGCUCGAUACACCUGCAAGAAAUCAAGGAAUGAGUGGACUGUGCUUCAUGAUAUUCAGGACAUAGCUGAGGGGAGGGAUGGUAAGUUACUACAGUAUAUGUAGGAGGCGAAAGCUUUGGAGUAGGCGGAGAUGGAGAAAAGGGGGGUCCAGGGGCAUGCCUGUGGGAAAAAUUUUGAAAUCUGUGCCUCUUAGAAUGCAUUUCAAACAUUCUAAAGCAAAAGUUAGAGUUUUUGAACAGAACACGGACAUCAUGAAAUUUAAGCUUUUUCAUUCAGGAACAGCACAUGAAUACAUUUUCUUUUUUUUUUAAUUUACUCUUCGUGCCAAUUCUUAUGAACCAUUGGUUGUUUCAGUAUGAUCUAUAUGUUUUAAAUCAUGUUUAAUAUUAGCAUAGCAACCUAUGCACACCCAUACCAGAUGCAUAUCCUUGCAUGCACAGAACUUUAUCUUGUUCCUAGAGUCUGCAUUACCCUUGUCCAGUGGAACAUGUGCAAUGGGGACCCAUGGCCCAUUCCACAGGACAAUGGUAAUACAAACUCUGGAAAUGACAUUGGGUUUCUGUCCUUUUGAAAAUCAAGAAUGGAACGCUUGGCUGUUAGGUGUUCAUGCUGCUGUGCUGCCAUGGGCUGUGGGCUGUGGGCCUGCUUUUAGCAAAACCGGUCAAAGUUUACAAGCAGAAACAUACAUGUGAGGGAGACUUGUAUUUUGCAUACCGGCAAAUUUUGUUUGAUUUUUAUUAUCCUUUGUGUCUUACACUAUCACAUACAUUGAAGCCCAAAGCAAAGAAAAUUUUCAUUUAUUUAUUUUUUAUUUAUUUAUUUAAAAUCUUUCUUGGUAGUGUACUACUAAUAAUUAUUACUGUCAAUAAAUUUGAAAAAUUGAAUACCCUCCCAGAGACUGAUAGUAAAAUGUAAAUAGAGGUUAAACUGAACCACGACAGUUACACGUGAAGGUUUGACCAUAUUCACUAUUCAAUCUCUCUUCGUUUCAGGUGAAGAGAACAUUUCUCCUCCGCGGCGCCUCACUCACAGCAUACAAGAACCCAAUGUUGCCAAAGGCUAUAUAAAAGAACACUGCUUCAACCAUGACGGACGAAUCAUAUGCUCGCCAUUUGGUAAUUCUGCAAGAAUCCUAAGUUUUAGUCCUGAGUGUGAUGAACUAUCUUCUUGUGUUCAUAGUACACCAUCAGAACUGUGUGAUUUAAAAACACUUAUAAGUCACAAGCAAGCUGUUGUGACUUGUAGGUUUUCACCCACCCAUUCACUUCUCUCGCUUGGUUGUUUGGGUGGAAAGGUGAGUUUCUACCAGCCUAAACUCUAAAAAAUGCAGCUUCCAAUCUAUCACCCCAUCCUGAUUCCGGAAUGAGGGAAAUUUUUUGCUUUUAUAUUUCUGGAAUCUAGCAAAUUUUUGCUGUGGAAUUCAGGAUCCGGAAAUAUCCGGAAUACAGCUCAAGGAAUCCAGAAUCCUACUAUUGAUUGGAAUUUUAGUAUCCACGUUUCGCUGAGAAAACAUUCAGAAUCCAAUAA